AUGACAAGCAUCAAAGUAGCCUACCAAUCAACUCUUCGUCGAUUCAGUCUUUCAUCACCAUCGACUGCAAGUUGGGCCGAUUUAGAGAAUAAGCUUCGUACGCUUUAUUCCAUUCCAGCUACCACACCAAUUCAACUCUCUUAUGCGGAUGAAGAUGGUGAUGUUAUCACCUUAUCAAGCGAUUUAGAACUCCAAGAAGUUUUAAGUCUGCAAGCUCAAGGAACUACUUACAAGUUCACGUUGAACACAUUACCCAUUUCUGCCCCGAAUUCCUCCACCUCGAGUAUUGGCCAAGAACCGAAUAACGAAUCUUGGGUGAUGACAGGCCGACAACGAGAAGGAUCUGUCGAGACAGUUGCAUCCGAUAAUGAAGCGAGUAGCAUUCAUCAAGUUAAUGUUAAUCAAAUCGAAGAUAACCCUACAAAUAAUCCAUUCCUGCAAUCAUCUGAAUCACAACAAAUUGAACCAGAAGUCACGAAACAAGAACCGGUUGUACAAAAUCCAAAUCCAGAGCCAGAAUCUCGACCACCUUCCUAUUUUCACGUGAGUAUUGCUGAUGAAGACGAUGAAAAUUUGUUGAAUCAAUUCCAAGAUGUCUUGGCUCAGAAACCGGAAAUUGUUGAAACAGCUAAUGGAAUUAUGGAUCAAAUUCUGAAUGCUAUUCCUGUUGACAUUGAAAUUUGGGCCGAGUGGUUAGCUUCUCUUCGCCCUGGAAAUCAACGAGAACAGCAACGAGAACAGCAGCGAGAACAGCAACAAGAACAGCAACAAGAACAAAAUGGCGCCCACCAAUCUCAAGAACAAUCACGGGGAGCUUUUGACACUUUCUUCCCGCCAGGUUUUCCAUUCCAUCAAUCUACUAAUGCGUAUGCUGGAGGCUGUUCUUUUAUCCAACCAGGCACUUUCCCAUUCAGUUCUCACUCAUGGAAUAAUCCUGCAAAUCAUGGCGCCGGUAACUGGAAUGUAUGUGGUCGACGUGGAGCAUGGAAUGGAGCUGGUGGAUGCCGACGCGGUUCACAAUAUAAUCGCAGUAGAAACUGUCAUAGCGCUCCCCAUGCAGCACAUAAACUCUUGAUCCUUCAUCAAAUGGGAUACUGGGAAGACGACGACCAAAAUAUUGAUCUAUUGAAAAGAUAUAACGGUAAUCUUGAACGCGUUGUUGAAGUAUUGUUACAAGGACAGAAUGAGCGCGAUGCUAAUAUCCAACAAUUACUGCAACAACAAACUACUCAACCGAUGGAAGAAGUUGAAGAGAACGAGAAGCGUCCUUAUAAUUUGUAA